AUAUUUCCUUUAUACCAGAUCGCUGAUUUCUUUGAGCUCAUGGAUAAAUGGUUUGCCCUCAGUGGUUGGUGUAGUUGAGACAAGGUUUGUUUUUGGACGGCGUCAUGAAAACUGACUGAUGCCUUCGUCCAGAUGCAAGGCACAUAAUUCCCAGAAGAUGUCACUUAUUGAAGGAGUAGGAGACGAAGUUACAUUUGUUUUUGCUGCCCUACUGAUUGUUAUUGUAGUCGUGUGUGCAUGGCUGUCCACACACACAAGGGACAUACCAUUCUUCAGUCUUCUCAUUGUAGAGCUUACUAGGGGCAGGAGGACUGUGCAACCUGUUGUGAAUACUGACUCCGAGACGAAUGGUGGAAAUGUGGUAGCCGAGACCCCUAGCACAGAGGCAAGUGAAGUUAGUGGAGGCAGUGAACAGCAGGAGGAAGUAAACAAUCAUAUACAAACUGUAGACGAGCCAGUGACUGCCACAGGGGAGACAACCAGGUCUGACAUUCCUCAUUCCUCUUCAAAUGAUCAUCAGAGGCAGUUAGAUAAUAGUUUGGUUGAUCAUGAAACAAUUCGACAAAGGCGUUUAGCCUUCUUGUCAAAGGAAAAAGACUCAGCUGUCAAUGGUUCAUCAGAUAAAACUACCACUGACAGGCAGAGAAGUGAUGUCAGUGAUGGUGCUGGAUCACAUGCUGACAAUUCUGAAACAAGCCAAAUCAGUCCACAGAGAAGUGUGGAUGAAGAACCUUCAGUUGAGCCGUCCGUUCUACAGGAAAUUGAAUUGAGCGAUGGAAACAUAAGGGUGAAGCUAAAAUACCUGAAUGACACUCAGCGGCUGGUGCAGACCAAUCCAUUGGAAACUAUUGGCCAGUUUAAAAGGACUCACUUUGGUCCAGAGCUGGCAGCUAACAAACUGGUGCGUCUCAUCUUCAAUGGUCAGUGCCUGCAGAAUGAUACUUCAACUCUUCAGUCGUACAACAUUCGGGAUAACUGUACAGUCCACUGUUUGGUAACAGAGGCCCAACACCAAUCAACCCCUCCACCCACGGACACUAGGAACGACUUGGACAUAGGCAUCUUUAUGUUUCCGCUAUUUGCAGUCUUUCUGGCCACAAUUUGGUAUUUCCGUUUCGCCUACAGACAGUACUUUAAUGCCAUGACUACAUUCUCUCUGGUGGGCAUAACUUUUCUCUUCAGCGUGGCAGUUUUCUCAACUUGGCGCACUCAUCAUGGGAGAGAGGAACACCAACAUUUGGAGUGAUUGUUGUCGGCAACAAGAAGAUCUCACUAUAUCAAGCAGAGAUGUUAGCCUGGAUCAUGUAGCCAUUAAACGGGGAGAAAAUAUAAAAAUUAUGUAAAGUUCAGAUGGAAGAGUGUGAAACGUUUGUUGUAAAUGUGGUCAAUACUUUUUUUUAUUUUUCUUUAAAGAGAAAAUUUAUUUAUUUAUUUAUUUGAUCAGUGUUUUACGCCAUACUCAAGAAUACUUCACUUAUACGACGGCGGCCAACAUUAUGGUGGGUGGACACCAGGCAGAGCCCGGGGGAAACCCACGACCAUCCACAGGUUGCUGUGGGACCUUCCCACAUAUGGCCGGAGAGGAAGCAAGCAUGAGCUGGACUUGAAUUCACAGCGAGCACAUUGGUGUAAAGAGAAAAUAGAUGAAAUAAUUUUUAUAUGGUGGGUAUUUGAGACCAUGUCAUGGUAUAUAUUGUCUUCACGUAAUGUUGUUUUAAGUGAGGAUGUAACGUAUGUUUAAUAAACACAUUUGCACUAGAAUUUGUUCUUUCCUAGCAACAAAUGUGUACAGCCUGGAUUUAAUCAUAUUUAUAUAUCUAAUAUAUUCAUAAAUAUUAUUAUUAUUCAGAUUAAGUGUAUAUGUAAACAAAAAAUUUACAUCCAAAUAAAUUUAUGCAUCACAUCCUUAUUUAGAACAUUUAUAAAUAUAUACCAACAGGUGGUCCCAAAUGCUCCAUACAAAAGUUAUUCAAAUACCUUUUUCUCUGAAAGAAAAAUGAAUACAGUAUUGAAGACCAUAUUUGCAAAUAUGUUUCACGGCUCUUUCAUCUGAUUUUGGCAUCAUUUUCAUGUAUUCUUCUCCUUAACAGUUAUGCCAGCCAUUUUCUGUAGCUAUACUGACCAUCUGUUGUAGCUAUAACCUGAUGUAUGCAGGGUUAUUUAACUGCUAGCGAAAAAAAUAGAAGAUCAUGUUGACAGUGAUUAUUGUAAUGUCACUCUGAAAAUUCCAUUUUUAUUUAAUUGAUUUGGUUUUGUUGUGAUAUUGCACGUGGAAAGUUUCUAUGUGUUGCUAUUUUUACCUUGGAGUAUUUAGUAUUCCAUGCAUAUUAUUUAUUUACAUUAAUUCUUUUCUACUGUUGAAUCAGCAAAUGUAUGUGAAUUGAACAGGAGAAAGCACAGACGUGUUACCCAUGCACUGGCACAUGUCUACCAAGAGGAAAUUAAGGAGUGUUUAUAGUGAUUUUAUGAAAUGAUUUCAGGUACUUGUUGAUGCA